UCAUAAUAUGGGGACACUGAUCGGACAGUAUCAGGCGGUGUAACAAUAAACGGACAAAUAAACAGUUAUAAAUAUUUAAAUUCAUUCACAUAAAGAACACUCGCAUACGGAAGUUACAGUUACUGACGUUAACACACUUAUCUGCAAGCGAGUGGCGUCUGCCUGCCUGUCAAAGUAUAUGGGAUGCCAUCUUGGGAUGGUUUAUUGUACAAAGUAAGCGCACCGGAAGUUCUGCAAGCGUUAACGGCGCGACCGGAUAUCGUCAUAGAGAUCGAGAUGAGCAGCUUUUCGGGGAACAUCGAGCAGUGCGAGCGGCUCGAAAUACUCCUUAUAGGCGAGAAACUAAGAGAAUCUCUGCAAGAUUGCGGCAUGAUACAAAACCGGAAAUACCAUCUGCGCACGUACCGGAACUGCGUGGUGGGACGGGAACUCCUGGACUGGUUGGUGAGGAACAAACACUGCGAAACUCGUCAGUGCGCGCUUGAAGCGCUGAAGGUCCUGCAAGAUCACAAUAUCCUCCACCAUGUGUGCGACGACCACGAUGUGAAGGACGAUGUUCUGUACUACCGCUUCCGGCGUGACGACGACACUUACCGACAGUUCCCGAACCUUGAUCUCUUCUACACAGCUUUCACGCUCUACAACGGGCUGUCCACCCGCACCCACGGGAUCAUGCGCGCCUACCAGCAGGACGGAGAGCUUUACCGGAGCGCCUUCCCGGGGGCGGAGUUUGUGGAUCACGUGAUGCAGAACGGCGCCGCCGGAAGCCGCGAAGAGGGACUGGCACUUGGUCGUAAGCUUCUCGAGAACGACGUUAUAAGGCAUGUAACAGACGACUUUCACUUCCGUGACGACAGGCGGCUGCUCUACCAAUUUACAGUAGAUUUCGCUGGCCGGCGGCUUCUGUCGGAUGUGUUCAACUACGUCGGCAAGGGCGCGUGUCGGUCGGUCGUCCCUCGCGACAGGAUGAGGUCUUCCGUCAGGUUUAGCCAGUCCAAAUUCUUCACACCAACAUCUUCUCCGAGCAACACGCCGGAACAGCGCCGGAAACUCGAGCCCGUUGUAUCCAGUCAUGAGGGGAUCCCUAGUGACGUCACUCUCGAUGUCGACAGGUCACGAACGCAUUCGGGAGAUUCCGGAAAUGACACGGACAGUAGCGAAACAGCGACGGAUACGAGCAGCUUUCGUUCAGUGCUGUUACGUCAUGCGACCGUGCACGAGCUACUUUCCCCCGACACGCCGUAUGUGAAAAAGACCAUCAGGGUCCGCAGUGACCCCGUGGGGUACGGGUUCGUUAUUCGCGGCUGUAGCCCCACCUACGUGCAGGCGGUUGACCCACAGGGACCCGCCGCUGCAGCGGGCCUCAAGGUCCGUCAGUACAUUUACUCAGUGAAUGGUCAGUACGUGCUGACCAAUGACCACAAGGAGGUGGGCAGCAAGAUAUUGCAGAGCGACAGUCACGUCACACUGGUCGUCUUGACGCACAAACGUGACUCAAUACUAUGACGUGAACAGAAUUAAUGCACCGUUAUAACACACACGCGACAAAAUCUUGGGACAUCAGAAGGGGGAAUACAACGUAACACGACACGGUGUUCGUCAUGGAACCGAAAUAUGACAUAACCCUUAAAAGUAAGAACAUUUAAUACACCGGAAAUACUAAACGGUGUUCCUCAUGAAACAUAGACGAUCCCAAUCGUAUGACGUCAAGAGAGGGAAUAUACCUUAAGACGUCGCGCCGUUCGUAAUGACGCAUGUGAUAAAAUAAUUUGACGUUAGAGAAACGUUAACCGGUGAAAAUGUACGAAAGUGACGCAAUUUUCUGACGUCAGAUUGGCGAGAACACAUACGUCACGAAUUGCAUCAUAACCCAAUUGCACACACACACUUUGAAAAUGAAGUGUACACAAUUAAUAUGUAUUAAAACGCUUUUUUUUACUAUGAUUGUACACUAAUAUGCAACUAAUUUGAUAUAUUCUACAAAUAUGGACAUAUUCGAUAUGCUAAGCCUAUCGAAUGCACACUGACGCAAUUGUUUUAUCAAUUUUUCAUAUUGUACUUACCGUUUAAAAUAUUUUAAGAUAAUUUUUGUGGGACAGUUGUCUAUGUUUUACAAUUUUCAUUUUAAUCACUGGUAUGUAGCCUAUGCCAAGUCUUCCUAUUCCUUGUUGUUGCAAUUAAGUUGUUAUCUUCGAAUAUAAAUAAUAACAUGUAUUGUGUUGUGUACUCCAUAUUUGAGAACACGCUGACUCACUGUUAACAUAAUUUUAUAUGCAUUAAUAUCAGUCUGUUUUAUUAUUUAAGUUUUCAUUUUAAUCACCGGUAUGCCUGGUAUGUAGCCUAUGCCCAAUCUUCCUCUUCCUUGUUAUUGAAAUUAAGUUAUUAUCUUCGGAUAUAAAUAAUAACAUGUA